GAUCAAGAUUGCCCACAGUAUUUACAUAUAUCGAUUGUAUAUACGAAACAACAACAGAAUUCUUGGCUGCCAAUGAUUAAUCCGAAAAAAGCGUACUAUAAGUAUGUAUUAAAGCCAUUGUAUAAUGAUUAGCUUACGAAUGGCGAAUGUUCUAUACUCGUUUCUGAUCAUACAGCACAGUGGACGAUCAUAAUGGCAAGAAGCCGCGAAACUACAGUAGUGAGUAUCGUUCCGAAUGAUAGUCUUCUUUGGGAUAUUGCUGAAAAGAUAGGUCCUCAAUGGAAAGAUCUUGGUAGAAAGUUGGAGAUACCAGAAGCAAUAUUAAGCAAUAUCAACCAUGACCAUAAUAGAGUCGUGGAAAUGGCGAAUGAAAUGCUUUUAACGUGGAAGAGAAACAAAGGAAAAAAUGCUACUGUCCAAAACUUAGCUGGUAAAUUAGCCGACAUGGGCCGUCGAGAUGUUGGGGAAAAUAUACAAGACGAACGCGAAAGAAUUGAAAGAGGGGGUCGCCAGCAGCUUGAUGUAAUGGAAAUUAUUGAUGAGAUAGCAAGUAAGGAUUGGAAAAAUCUGGGUAGGAAGUUGGAAAUACGAACUUCGGAAUUGGAGAGGAUAGAAGAUGAUUUUUUAUCUGUGAAGGAGAAGUCAUCUCAAAUGUUGUUACAAUGGAAAAAGGAAAAAGGAAGAGAUGCCACGACGAAGAAUUUGGCUGAUGCCUUAAUUGCUAUUGGUCGUCGAGAUGUUGCAGAAAAAUUGCUCCAAGUAAAAGAAAAGAAAGGCCCGAAUCAGGUCAGCCAGAGAAGAACAAAAGUUCCAUUUGGCUUACGUGAAUUGCCCAGUGAUAUGGUUCAGCGGCCAUCAGUUGUGAAUGACAUUAUAAAGAAAUUGAAGUCGAAAAGUAAUAAGGUGGGACUUGUAGGCGUUCGUAGAAGAGACAUACUGAGUAUUCGCGGUAUGGGAGGACUUGGAAAAACUGUAUUAGCGCAGGCUGUUGCUUGGAAUGAGUCAAAGCAGCAUCAUGUAAUUUGGCUUGAUAUUGGACAAAAUCCAGACUGCUUAAGUCUUCUAAAUAUACUUAUCCAAGAACUGGGUGGAGCAGCAACUUAUAGUAACGAAAGUGACGCGCAAUCUUGGUUGAGAGAAAAUACGAUUGACAAAGAUUGCUUUCUUAUUCUUGAUGACGUAUGGAAUAUGAAACACGCUAGUUUGUUUGAUUGCUUAUCUGGGAGUUGUCAACUGCUGAUUACGACACGAGACGCAGACGUUGUUCGUGGCUUAAAAGGCAUUGAAAUAUACGAACUGCAAAUAAUGCCGAAAGAUCAAUCUCGCCAGCUUUUGUACAAUGGGGCGCAGGUUUCUACUGAUGAACAAUCGACGCUUUCUGUCAAAUUACAAAGAAUAGUAGAAGAACUGUUAGAGCAAUGCCGUGGACUCCCACUUGCCUUGUCGAUCAUCGGUGCCACUUUAAUAGGUACUCGCGCUGAGCAGGAUUGGCUAGACACUUUAGAUGAACUUAAAAGUGCAAACUUACAACAACUAAGUAUUAAGUCUGAAGAGGAUCUCUUACAUGGUGAAUAUCAAUAUACAAAUGUCUCGGCUGCUAUUGAUGUCAGUUUAAAACGGCUCAACCAAAAGAAACCAGAAUAUGAAGAAAGGUUUUUCGAUCUCGCCAUUUUUCCAGAGGAUACCGACAUCCCAUCAGACAUUCUUGAACUCUUUUGGUCAUCUGAGAGCAUUCCAGGCCGAAAUGCAUGUAGUGCCAAAGAAACAAGAAACAUUUUGCGUUUACUUGAAAGAAAAUCACUCUUACAAAAAGGACCUGUGAUGGAAGAGAAAACUAGCUAUCGUGUCCAUGAUCUAGUGCUGGAUUAUGCUCGCGAAAAACUACGAAGCGAAGAUCCUUCCAAGAAAAGAUCGGUGGAGGAUGUUCAACGUCAGUUCCUUCACGCCCUACGUGAACAAUGCACGAACCGCGAAUGGCCGCGCUAUAAUGGUAAAAGAGACUAUUUUUUCAGAUAUUUACCAUACCAUCUUCAUUCGUCAAAGCAGUAUGAAGAGCUCCAACAGCUAUUUUUCAACUUCCAUUGGCUUCAACAAAAAGCAAAAGAAACUAAUCUGCCAUCUUUGAUAUCCGAUUUUCGAUUUCUUGAACACCCCUCGUACGAAAUCAAACUCCUUAAAUCGUCGUUAAUGUUGUCCGCUGAUGUAAUCGAAAGCAGUCCAAAUUCACUUGGUACUCAAUUGCUUGGAAGGCUGCUUUCUCAUGCAGAGCAGUUUCCAGGAGUAAAAAUGCUUUUAGGUCGUGCAAAUGAAAUUUGCUCCACCACUUGCCAUCUCGUUCCGUUAUUUUCAUGUUUAUCGGACCCCACAGGUCCGUUAAUAAAGAUAUUCAGAAAACACCGUGACAAAGUUUUAGCGUUGGUUACCACUGUAGGUCCUUCUGGAUUAAUUGUGAUCUCAGCAUCCAAAGACUGCCUGAUCAAAGUGCAUGAACUGGAGACUGGUAUGGAGUUAGAAGUGCUCCGAGGACAUACUAUGGCAGUUUACUGCCUCGCGUUGUCGCACUGUGGAACAAAGCUUGCGUCGGGUUCUUAUGAUUCUACGACCAGACUUUGGAACUUAGACACAUAUAAAUUGCUAUUUACCAUGGAAGCUGAAGGAGGAUUUGUCAAUGCACUGGAUUUUAGCAUUGAUGACAAACGUCUUUUUACUGGUUCAAACGAUGGGAAUUUGCGAAUAUGGGAUGUAGCUAAUGGGAAACUAUUAGCUAAGACACAAGCACAUGAAACGAAUAUGCAUAUUCGAGGCUUAUGUACCACCAGAGAUGGCCGUAUGAUAGCGACCGGUUCACUUGAUUAUAAUGUCAAAUUAUGGGAUGCUUCUACAUUAAGUCACCUAGUGACAUUAAAAGGACACACAGACACCGUUUAUGCCGUAGCAGCUACUUACGAUAGUAAAAUGAUUGUUUCUGCCUCUGGUGAUAAAACUUUAAAGAUCUGGAAUUUGCAGUCAUUUCGCGAACUGCGAACAUUAAAGGGACAUCAAGGAGAAAUAUUCAGUGUUGCUGUAAGCAGUGACUCUAAGCAUGUAGUUUCUGGAGGAAAAGACAUGCACUUACGAUUGUGGUGCUUACAAACAGGAAGAUUACUUUUCUGUUUUAAAGGACACAGCCAAUCUAUCAGAUCUGUUCUUAUAAUUUCGAAUGGUAGAAAGGCGCUAACUGGCUGUCAAGAUAAGACUUUCUGCAUGUGGGACCUGGAUACAAAUAAACAAAUCAACGACAAUUCGUUUCGUGGUCAUUGUGAAGAUGUAAUGGACAUUGCAGUCACACAAGAUGGCUUGAACUGUGUUUCGUCAUCUAGGGAUGGAACAAUAAAAAUCUGGAAAUGUGUCAAAGCUGAGGAGCGUUUUACUUUGAGAGGACAUACCAAAAAAGUAAUAAAUGUUUCAAUCUCAAAUGAUAGCCGUCAUGUUGUUUCGCUUGGAAAGGACUCUUUGAUCAAGGUUUGGAGCUUGCUCAACGGCAGAGAAAUUUGCGGAAUCAGUGGCGAUAAGCAAUCACGUUUAGUGCGUUUUAAUUUCAACGGCGAGCUUGUUCUUAUUGGCUGCAAAGAUAAUCACAUAUUUGUUUGGGACUGGCACAACCACGAUGUCCCUAAACGCGUCAUGCUGCCAACAUUCACAACUGUGGAGAUUGCAUGGGAAAAUAACAUCGUUUAUACCUGCAGCAGAAAAAACGAAAUUUGUCAAAUCGAUAUGGAGACACUUAAAGUAUCCCCUGUCACUCAAGGUCCUAACACAAGUUGUAGCAAAUGGGUUAUUUUACCGAAAGGCGAAGCUAUUCUCGCCGGCAUUUUAAGAGACAGUGUAUUCAUAUACUGGGAGUUAUCGUCUUGGCGUGAAAUCAUAUAUAAAGCUGACCAUCCUCAAGACUCCAUCAUCACAGCAAUUGAUAUUACCAGUGAUGGAAAAUUUGCUUUGACAGGAAGUAGUUUAGGUACUAUUUCACUGGUGAAUCUUGGAACCUCUAAAGUGGUGCAGAAGUUUAAUAACACGGAAUCUGGUGAAGGUGUACGUUUGAUUAGCAUGUUGCCAAAUGAUCUCAGUUUUAUCAUAGUUGACAAGGCAAAUCGAGUGGAACUAAGAAAUUUCAGCAACAGCAGUGAAAAAGUGCCACUAGGUCAACCUGUGGCAAAAGUUAACUGCGUGGCACCUCUUGGCUUGCAAUACAUGCUGCUUGGUUGUGAAGACGGAAUUCUGUUGUUUUUUCAUCAUCAAAAGAACACUCGUACUGAAUAUAGAAAAUCUGCUUUUAAAGAAUCUGUGACCCAAGUUCAAGGUCACCCAAAUAAAGAAUAUCUUUAUUUUGCCGCCGGAACACAAUGUGGAUCAGUAAAACUUUGGUUGGUUACAAAAUCUACUCCUCCAGAAUUGAUCGAAAUCUGGUCACACGAUCAAGUUCACCAGUAUCCAAUAACAGCUUUGGCUUUCGCGCAUGGAGCAGAAGACGUUCUAUGUGGUUCUUAUGAUAACUUUGUGGUCCAUAUGAACUCCACCGGAGUCGUCCGCACGUACAGUUACAAGAGUUAUGGCAUUGCAGCGCUUCGUGUUGUAGAAAAGAUGCUUGUUGCUGUAUACACACAUAAAUUUAGUGUAGUAGAAUGGCGUCUAAGUGAUGGCCAUAUUGUAAAAGAUGUUCGCAGUGACGAGGGUGGAGAACAGAUAGCACGUGCAUACUUUGCAGUCGGGGACUCGGGUGAUUAUGGGCAAUCAACUGAUACUUGUCCUAAACGUGUUGUUUCAAAGGGGUCUCAUGAUUCUCUUUUGUACUGGGAACUACAAACAGGCAAAAUUAUUCAUUGCAUGCAUGGCCACUCUCAUGAUAUUCGUGCUUUGGCGUUCAUUCCUGGAGGAGAUUUUUUGCUUUCCGGCUCACGCGACAAAACGCUGAAAUUGUGGAAUUUGAAAAAUGGACAAUUGAUGGAGGAGUUCCAUUUUGAGCAUUAUGUUCUCGCGAUUGCCUGUGCUAAAAAUGGAACUGCUUGUGUCGGAUUACAAGGAGGGCAGGUUUGUUUCUUGCGCAUCAAAACGUUAGCAGCAAAUGCUCAAAAGAAUUUAUGAAAAAAUUGUUUUAAACAACAAUAUGUUGUAUAUCAUUGUAUAAUCUUAAUAGAUCAGAUUACUAAUAUAAAUGGAUCUAAAAUAUACAUGUUAGAUGCAGCUCAAAUUUUUUCUCCAGCUGUUUCUUUUUCAUUUAACAUACGCAAAGGAAGCAGUGGUAAAAUAUUGGGCUAUUAGUAUGGAAGUAAUAACUUUAGACGGUUUUCUCUCCAACUAAUUAAUUCAUGACAAUCAUCAACAUUUCACUUAAAAAUGCGUCGAAUUUUUUUUCAUGGUAUCCUUGAUAAAGAGCUGGGAUUUUUUAACUUCAAAAAAUGAUUAUUAUACGCUUUUGGCUUUGAACAUUUUUUAUUUUUGAUUGAUAUCAAAGUCAAAUGGUUGUUAUCCUUUCACUUGUAUACAAUCCUCCCCCGUCCCACUAUACAUAUAGGUAUGGUGGUUUGUAUAUGAUUAUAUCUUUUACUUUAGUCUCAUUAUUACUUUAACUACUGCGAUCACUACUACUACUACUCUAUAAAUUCGUAUAAAAUGUAUUUAUACUUAUCUUAUUUCAUUAAUGUAAAUAUAGUAUAGUUAUCAUUUAGCAAAUAGCCCGUCUUAGGGAGAUCUCAUUUAGAUUAAUAUCUUUAAUAAUAUUGAAUAAUAAUUAAUAAACACUUAAAAUACGUGGUUUUGAGAAA